AUGUAUACUAUUGAUAAUAAAGCUCUCAAAUUUUACCUAAAAGGAGCUACAAAUUUAAGGGAGUAUCAAAAGACUUGGUAUGAUGCUACUCGCGGGAAGAGAAAAAAUGGAAGGGUGUAUGGUGCUGGAGGGUAUGCCAAAACAAUUAAGCGGCGUGAUAGGACUUUCAUGAUGAGACUUGAUAAUGGAGAAGGAUCAUCACGUCCGCCUAUAUUAACCGCUGAUAUGCUUGAAACUGUGAGAAAUUUGACACAGACCGAGACAGCACGUGAGGCAGCAACUAGACAAGCAGAGGUGGAGGAAAUGAGGAGAAGACAAGCAGAGAUGGAGGAAGAAUUGAGGAGAAAAAUAGCGGAGUAUGAGGAAGCAAUGCAGAUUGCAAAUGAGAGCAAACUGAAAUUUGAACAAUUUAUGGCAUUGCAUAUGAAUCAAGGUGUGAGAGAAAGAGAUGAGGAAGAUGAGGAUGAUGAUGAAAAAGUUGAUUAA